AACAGGAUACCCAGAAGGGCAGCCUUAUGGGCAAUAUUAGCAGCAUUUUUGAUAUUAUCACUCUUUCUUGCAAUACCCUAUCGACAUAACCUACAAGAUACAUUUUCCUAUUCCACAAGACCUUUAUGGGAUAAAUCCGAAGUACCGAAAUCCGUCAUUGCUCAUCUUCAUUCACCAACAGUACCGACAAACGAUUCAGCAGCAUGUGCUCGACAUGGAUGGAAAUUGCGUGAGAAACCUGUCACGAUUUGGGAUGCAACCUUGAUCAGUACAGAGUUGGAUAUGUUGGAAAUUCGAAUGCGUGAAUUAUGGGAUGUAGUGGAUUCAUUUUUAGUCAUGGAAUCAACACAUACAAUGACGGGGAUCGAAAAAACUCAAAUGCAUUAUCAACAAAAUUCACAAAGAUUCUUGCAAUUUGCACCUAAAUUGCAUCAUAAAGUAGUACAAGGAAGAGCGUUACGAAAAGGUGACGGUCCUUUCACCCUGGCCAACGAACAACGUGCUAUGAUGUCAGCUUUUAUCAAUGAGAAAUCUCCCUCGCAAGACACUCUGAUCUUGAUGGCAGAUAUCGAUGAAAUCCCAAAUAGGGCGACGAUUGAAUUAAUUAAAGCAUGCGAUACACCUUUACCGCUUCAUCUACAACUACAAAAUUAUUUGUAUAGCUUCGAAUUUGCUACUUUGGCUGAUAGUUGGCGAGCAUCCGUUCAAAGGUGGUCUGAUGCCAGUGGAUAUUCUCACGGAAAGGUUUCAGAGCAGAUUCUAACAGCGUCUGGCUGGCACUGCAGCUUCUGCUUUUCAACAUUGGCCGAUUUCAAGUACAAGAUGUUGUCCGCAUCACACGUUGAUAGGCUACUCAAACGUCCUGCAUACAAGUCUUAUUUGACCGAUUCUUCAAUCCAAAAACGAAUAUGCAACGGAAAAGAUUUGUAUGACAUGCCACCUGAAGUUUUCUCUUUUGGAGAUUUGAUCCAGUAUUGGAACGGUGCAAAGCAUACCCUUGGUAAUGAUUACCUUCCACAGGCAGUCUUGACAGAUUACGAACGAUUCAAAUAUCUUUUACCGGGUAAUUGU